UUUGACUUGAAGUGAAGUGCACCUGAGGUUAAUUAUAUGUAGCAGGGUUGAGCGAGAACGCGGAGCCGCCUGCCUGCCUGACUGAUACUUUGUUUCCUUAGUUCGUCUUCUUCUUUGUCUUUUUUCUCGGGCUCGUUUCGACUUUGUUAUUUGUCCGGGUGUGCAGUGGGCUGGAGUGAAAUGGGUGGGUCUUUUGGAUUUUUGAGUUUUUGUUUGGGUUUUUCUGUAGAUGAGAGGAACUGUUGAAUCGAAUCAGCAAUCUGGUGUGAUUGUUUGUUUUUUAAUUUUUUUGUUUUUGUUUUGGGUUUGGGUAGGAGUAGUUCGUUAGUGUUCAGGUGGAUGCUGUGGAUUUCGUGGGUCUGGUAGCACGAAUUUAGAGUAGAAAUGCUUUUGGUUGGGUGUUAAGGGAGUCAAAGUCUGUGAGUGGAAUUAAAACGUGCAGAGGAGUAGAAGAUUGGAGUGUAACAGUGGCGGGGGCUUAAUUGUUGGUUUUGGUGUUGGUGUUUUUCCCGUGAUGUUGAAUGGAAGCCCGGGUUCUUCGUCCGGGUGGAAUAAUACUAAUAAUAACAACAAUUCGGAGAGAACCAGCAUGACCCAGCAGACGCAAUCCAAUGUCACUUCGGCCUCUGGUGAGGCCAGUGUUUCUUCUGCAAAUCGCGGGCACCAGCCGCCGUCAGGGAAUAAUGGGAAUAAUAACAGUAAUUCGGGGCAGCAGGCGGGUGUGGGGGUGAAGCGCAAGAGAAAUCUUCCCGGAAUGCCUGACCCGGAUGCGGAGGUGAUUGCACUGUCGCCGAAGACUCUGAUGGCAACGAACCGAUUCGUGUGUGAAAUCUGUAAUAAGGGAUUCCAGCGGGAUCAGAAUCUGCAGUUGCAUCGGCGGGGCCACAACCUGCCGUGGAAGCUGAGGCAGCGGACGAGCAAGGAGAUCAGGAAGAGGGUGUACAUAUGCCCGGAACCGACAUGCGUUCACCAUGAACCGUCACGGGCUUUGGGUGACCUUACGGGUAUUAAGAAGCACUUCUGCCGGAAGCACGGCGAGAAGAAGUGGAAGUGUGACAAGUGCUCCAAGCGCUAUGCCGUGCAGUCCGACUGGAAGGCCCAUUCCAAGACCUGCGGAACCAGAGAAUACCGCUGCGAUUGCGGCACCCUUUUUUCCAGGAGGGAUAGCUUUAUAACUCACCGGGCCUUCUGUGAUGCGCUCGCUGAGGAAAGUGCCCGGGCUACGGUUAAUGCACAGCCAGGACCGGGUGAGUCCGUCGGUGGACGGACGAAUUCUUCAUCAUCCGGUGGUGACCAUAACAACAGCCGGUCGGCAAGUGCUUGUCCUGAUUCUGCACCAGAUGUGAAAAUUUCUGCUCCACCUCUGUGCCCGCCUUCUUCCACCACAUCAACGCCUGUUCCUCCGCCACCGCUUGCCUGGGCACAGGCCCAAACAGGUGGCGGUGGCGGUGGCGGUGGCGGAUCGGGACCCAAGCUGUCAUUAUGGCACGGUCCAGGACCUGGGCCUCCAUUAGAGACAUCUCCCUCAUCAACUUCAUCACAAUUCAAUGUACUUGACGGAACCUAUUCGUUUCCCUUCUUUUCUUCUGCUUCACCGGCCCCUCCAAACAUCUUUUCCACUCUGCUUGCAGCCGGUGGGUUGCAGCCACAAAAUGCUGUUGGUGCGUACUCUGAACUGAUUGGUUCCCGGGUGGGCGGUGGCGGUGGCGGUGGCGGUGGUGCGUUUGUAAGUGGGGGUGGGAGUGGCAGUCUUUUUAGCCACCAGGCACAGCAAACGGGUGUGAGCAAUAGCAAUAGCUCGGCGCAUAUGUCGGCCACGGCGUUGUUGCAGAAGGCUGCGCAGAUGGGUGCGACUGCGAGCAGCAAUUCGUCGUUGCUGAGAGGCUUUGGUCUGUCUGGCGGGCAUGAUCAUCAUCACAGCUCGAACCACAACUGGCAGGGAGCCGGUUGCAGUAGCAGUACAGGAGGGGGACCCACUAUGCAGGCUGGUGGUGCAGGUGCAGGUGGUGCCGGCGGUGGAUCCGUGUCGUACAAUCAGAUGGGUAUGCAGGAGCUAAUGAACUCGUUGUCUGGUGCCGCCGGCGGGGGAGGGAGCCUGGGGCUUUUUGCGCCGGGAAAUCUGAGUCUGACUGGGCUUCUGCAGGCGCCGCUUUUCCCCAAUGGCGAUGCCGGCGGCACUGCCGCUCUUGGAGUAGUUAAGUCCGAAGGAGGAGAAAUUAAUAUCAGUAAUAAAGAUGAGUUGCAGAUGAAGCCCACCACAACGCUCGAUUUUUUGGGGUUGGGGCCUUCCGGGCAGACAUUGUCUCACACAGACUUGGCCAUGAUAACGUCCAUGAACGCUGGGACAGGAGGAGGUGGAGGUGCAGGAGGAGGAGGCGGCGCCGCCGCCUCUGGCCUUGUAGAGUCUCUGGUGCAGUCGCCGGUAAAGUCAUGGGAUAGUUCAUAGCAAUCAAUUAAAUUUUAGGAGAGACGGAAAUAGGGCCGCCUCUGCGAAGUAGUGGUGACCGAACAAACGGGAUAAUAAGUUUUAAGAGUCGCACUCGGUAUGUAACUUCAAUUCCCUUCAUUCAGAGCUAUAUGCUGUAGCACUAGCUGCAGAUUGUAAACAUUUUUUCCCCUUAUGUUUUUUUUUUCUCUCUUCUUCCUUGCGGCUGAAAUCAAACAGUGCUCGUUUGGUAAGUUAAACCCUCUUGAAUUUUUUACUUAGUAAAAAAGUACGUUCUGUAAAUUAGAGCACACGCGGUUGCAAAUGCAAAUCUCUUUCUCGCCUCUCUUUUUGCUAUAUAUAUUACUACUGUUUUGAUCCUUCA